CGAUGCCCCAGUAGUCUCUAGUCAUCAUCCCGCAUUGCAACCACCAUCUUAGAUCGGAGAAAGGGAGUUAGAAAUAAAGGAGCUGGGAGAGGAGGAAGAAAGGGAAUUAAAAUAAGCGCGAGAGGCCGCAACGAGGCGCGGGAUUUACACGCGACGAGCGGACCCACCGAGCAGUCUUUUUCAUCCCUUCGAGGGACGCCGUUGCUUCAGGAUGAAGCUCGCAGCUUUUAUUUUUCUGCUCUUCUGUCUCGGUGCCGCGACGGCCUUAACUCGAAAGCAGGAAGCCGUCGAGCAGAAUCGCCGCAAAGUGUCCUUGCCCGGUCGUCGAACAGCGCAGCCCUCGACUGCAGCUCCUGACGAGGAUCUCGAAGAAUACGAGGACGAGGUCGUCUUGUCCGAAAACUGUCCCGAGGCGAAUGGCUACUUUCCUGAUCCCGAGCAAUGCGACAAGUAUCACGACUGCCGGGACGGCAAACCGACCGUCAAACUGUGCCCGGAUGGCCUCGUAUUCAACGACUACGAUCCUGCUGUCGAGAAAUGCGACUUGCCGUUCGGCAUCGACUGCACGAAACGCCCCAAACUCCAGGAACCUCAUCCAUCUUCAAACUGUCCCCGAAUGCACGGCUACUUUGCCCACGAGGACCCGAGGAUCUGCGACGUUUUUUACUACUGCGUCGAGGGCAAAUUCAACAUGAUCAAGUGCCCCGACGGCUUAGUAUUUUCGGAGAAAACUGGAAUCUGCAACUGGCCCGAUGAGGCGUCGAAAAAGGGCUGCGGCUCUCGCGAACUCUUCAACUUCACGUGCCCCAAAGUCGACGAAUCCGUAGCAGCGACCCACCCCCGAUACGUCGAUCCUGACGACUGUCAGUUUUUCUAUGUUUGCGUCAACGGAGAAGUCCCGAGAAGAAACGGGUGCAAACUCGGACAGGCUUUCGACGAACGCACGAAAAAGUGCGACUGGGCGAGAAAAAUUCCUGAAUGCAAAGACUGGUACAAGGGUCAGCUCACAGACGCCGAGCUGGACGCUCUGGAGAAUCCACCGGCCAAGCCAAAAACGAGUGGUGCCCCGAGCAGGCGGAAGGGAACGAGACCACCCAAAAAUUGAUCGGAUUGUGACGAGCCUUCUUUUAAUUUUAAUGAUAAACUGUACGACUUUUUUUGGUUGCAUUAUUUGUAAAAUAAAUUUUGUUUGAUACCAAAAUAA